AUGUGUGCCAAACGAUACCAAAACAUAGCCAAACAGCAGCGAAGGCUAUUACCGGAAAACAACGCAAUAAAGACCAAGCAUCAAAACGGAUAUUUAUUUUGUCAACAAAAGAUGAUGGUUGUCAUGUCAGAGAUUCAUCUUGUUAUGUUGAGUCAGGUUGACAACAUACAUCACAUCAGAAUUUCAACAGCUUUUCGAUAG